AUGUCUCAAUCGAGCAAAGCACUGUUGACGCUGGUAGCAGAGAGCGGGCAUCAAGUCGCUGCCAGGCAGCAGCCCAACACGAAAAGCGUCGACCCAAGCUCUAAGAACUCUUAUGGACAGACGCCCCUAUGGUGUGCUGCAGUGAAGGGUCAUGAGAAGGUGGUCAAGCUGCUACUCACCGUGGAAGGCGUCGACCCAGACUCCAUGGACCCUAUCGGGCGAACGCCGCUAUGCUGUGCCGCAGUGAUGGGGCAUGAGGCCGUGGUCAAGCUGCUGCUCGUCAUGGAGGGCGUUAAUCCAGACUCCAAGGAUGCCUACGGACGGACGCCGCUAUGGUAUGCUGCAGCGAAGGGACAUGAGGCAGUGGUCCGGCUACUGCUUGCGACGGAAAACGUUGACCCCGACUGUAUGGAUUCCCACGGACGGACUCCACUGUCAUUGGCAGCACAGAACGGGCACAAGGCUGUAGUCAAGCUGCUACUAGUCAUGGAGGGCGUUGACCCAGACUCAAAGGAUUGUGAGCUGGGACGGACGCCGCUCUCGUUGGCAGCACAGAACGGACAUGAUGCAGUGGCCAAGCUGCUGCUCGUCAUGGAGGGCGUUGACCCAGACUCUAAAGAUUCUGAACUCGGACGGACGCCGCUAUGGUGUGCUGCAGUGAUGGGGCAUGAGGCGGCGGUCAAGAUACUGCUGGCAACGGAGGGCGUCAACCCCGACUCCAAGGAUGCUAACGGACGGACAUCGUUAUGCUGUGCUGCAGCGAUGGGACAUGUGGGAGUAGUCAAGCUAUUGCUUGCAACGGAAAGCGUCGACUCCGACAGUAAGGAUUGCUACGGACAGACACCGCUAUCGUUGGCGGCAAAGAAUGGACAUGAGGCGGUAGUCAAGCUACUACUCGCCGUGGAGGGUAUCGACCUGGAUUCUAAGGAUUUUCUCAAGGCGACGCCGCUAUUGUUGGCCGCACAGAACGGACACGAGGCAGUGGUCAAGGUGCUACUCAGCACGAAGGACGUCAGACCGCUCUAA